ACGGUCGUUUGUAAAGUGGCGAUAGUCGUGCUAUCGCUGUGGCGCGUUUCAAUCUUCGUAAAACCGAGCCCGCGUUGAGUCGACGAUCGUGUACCGCGCGUAAAUAAAUCGUCGAGUGGUGUUGAUCGUGCGUUCCUGGCCGCGCAGUGCACGUACUCGUCCCGAGUAAACAGGAAAAAGAAAAGAACAACGACACGGGACACUCGGUUAAAUCGAAGUGCGUCUCGUUCGCGCCAGUAAAGGCGUCCUUCCGCGUUCUCUCGUGCACGAGUCGCGGUUCGUCGCGCGAGUGAGUGAUAUUUGAUUUCCGACGAGCAGUGCCCCGGAGAGGAGGGAAAUAGCUGUUUAAGUGAAGUUCCUCGACUUUUUCGCGAUCGGUCAGCGAGAGAUCCGCGGGGAUGACGAGGUAGCCCCCCAUCCGAGGGAUUGGAUUACCAUGCUGGACACGGCCACGAGUCACAGGUGGCUGUCAGAAGUCGAGGCUGAAAGCGUGAAGAGUGUAGAUUGGCAGCAGCAUGCUGGCAAUAUAGCGUUCAAACAUCAACGAUCUUCUCCGUAAAGUUACUCUGCCAUGUUGCUUAGAUCAACAACGAUCCAAACAUAUUACCCAACGUAAAGCUGGUGAUGAAAUGGAACGACACGAGGGGAGAAACCGUGGAAGCCACCAAGGCAAUGAUCGAUAUGAUCUGCAGCGGGGUUGCAGCUUUCUUUGGACCAGAAGGCUCCUGCUACGUUGAAGCCAUAGUCGCUCAAUCCCGCAACAUACCCAUGAUUAGUUAUAAAUGCUCGGACUACAAGGCGUCGAAGGUGAACACGUUCGCGAGGACCGAGCCACCGGACACGCAGGUGACGAAGUCGGUGAUCGCGUUGCUGCUCCAUUACGGCUGGUACAAAUUCACCAUCAUCACGGAGAGCGCCUGGUCGACUGUGGCGCGAUCGUUGGAGGAGCAGGCCACCAAGCACAAUCUAACCGUGAACCAUUAUAAGACCGUGGAAGACCGUCACACGUGUUGCGAGGAGAGGCUGCCGUGUUGUCAAGUCAGCGCGUGGUUCCAGCUUAUACAGGAGACCAAAAAUAUGACUAGAAUUUAUAUAUUCCUGGGAACGGCUAUGUCGCUGAUCGACAUGAUGAACUCGAUGCAGAAUCAAAGACUGCUGGACAACGGGGAGUACAUGGUGAUACACGUGGACAUGAUGACGUACUCGCCGCGCGAGGCGCAAAAGUACUUAUGGAAACCGGAACACUUCGACAACCUAAAAAAUUGUCUGGAGCCAAAGGACUUCCUGAAGAGGGCACGUUCGUUGAUGGUGGUGAUGUCCACGCCACCCACGCAGAAUUACGAGGAGUUCACCAAGAAGGUUCGCGAGUACAGCAGUAAAGAGCCCUUCAACUUCGUGAUACCUGAACUGCUGAGGAAGUACGAGAAGUAUGUGUCGAUUCACGCGGCGUAUCUUUACGACUCCGUGAAGCUGUACGCGAGAGCGUUGGAUCAACUCCUGAGGGAUCAACCGGAACACACGCUCGAGGAGAUCGCCAGCAAUGGCACUCAAAUCAUCGAGACGAUUAUUAGAAAUCACACGUAUCAAAGUGUCAGCGGCGCGACGAUCAAGUUCGACAAGUUCGGCGACUCCGAAGGGAACUUCUCGGUGUUGGCCCUGAAGAAGAAUCCCUUCCGGAUCAACAACUUCUCCUGCGACUACCAGAUGAAGCCUGUUGGCCAAUUUCAACAGGGUGAAACUCUAGUAUACAGGCCGUCGGAGGCGAUGGACUGGCCGGGUAAAAACAAGCCGGAAGCGGAACCUGGCUGCGGUUUUCUCAAUGAACACUGUCCCAAAGACGAUACACAUCUGCGUAGCAUCGUGGCCGCCGGAGUUCUCGCUGUUUUAUUGUUCUGCGCUGCGGUGAUCACCAUGAGCAUAUAUCGAAGGUGGAAGAUCGAACAGGAAAUAGAAGGCCUGCUCUGGAAGAUCGAUCCGAGCGAGAUACACGGUUAUCCUCAUCUUGACAACAUGAUGUCCUCCCCUAGUAAGUUAAGUUUAGUUAGUGCAAUGUCCUACGAGUCAAGAUGCGGCGGCCAGGUGUUCGCGCAAACCGGGCAUUACCACGGAGUGGUGGUGAGGAUAAAGGAGUUAAAGUUUUCAAAGAAGAAAGACAUUUCGAGGGACGUGAUGAAGGAGAUGCGUAUCCUUCGCGAAAUCAGACACGGUAACCUAAACUCUUUCAUCGGAGCGUGCGUGGAGCCAAUGAGGAUAUUGUUAAUUACGGACUAUUGCGCCAAAGGAAGUCUUUAUGACAUCAUUGAGAACGAAGAUAUCAAGUUAGACGAUAUAUUCAUCGCAUCAUUAGUUCACGAUCUCAUUAAGGGUAUGCUGUACAUUCAUGAGUCAUCUGUGCUAGUCUGUCACGGUAAUCUGAAGUCUUCCAAUUGCGUGGUGACCUCGCGAUGGGUACUACAAGUCUCUGAUUUUGGCCUGCACGAUAUGAGGCACUGCGCUGAGUCCGACAGCAUUGGUGAACAUCAGUAUUAUCGAAACUUAUUCUGGAAAGCACCUGAAUUAUUAAGGAACCCCAAUGCUCCGAUCAGAGGCACACAAGAGGGGGAUAUUUACUCGUUCGCGAUUAUAUUAUUCGAAAUAAUUGGACGUAAGGGACCGUACGGUGGCGUGAAUCUAGAACCCAAAGAAAUCAUAGACCGAGUGAAAAGGUUCCCAGAAGAUGGUGAACCACCGUUUAGACCUAACAUAGAGAUACUGUCCGAGUCUGUAGCAGAUUGUGCUGAGUAUAUAGUUAGUACGAUUACCGACUGUUGGGCGGAAAGUCCUGAACUUAGGCCCGACUUCAAAAUGAUACGGACAAGAUUAAAGAAAAUGAAAGCGGGAAGGCAUCGCAAUAUCAUGGACCAAAUGAUGGACAUGAUGGAGAAGUAUGCGAACAACCUCGAAGAUCUAGUCAGUGAACGUACACGCCUUCUUUUCGAGGAGAAACAGAAAACCGAGGAUCUGCUUCACAGAAUGUUGCCUGAACCCGUCGCUAAUUGUUUAACAAAUGGUAUUGGAGUGGAACCGGAAGCUUUUGAUCUGGUUACUAUAUACUUCAGCGAUAUCGUAGGUUUUACUGCUAUGUCCGCAGAAAGCACACCUUUCCAGGUGGUGAACUUUUUAAACGAUCUCUAUACACUGUUUGAUCGCAUAAUCAAAGGAUACGAUGUAUAUAAAGUAGAAACAAUCGGUGACGCGUAUAUGGUGGUCUCCGGAUUGCCGAUCAAAAAUGGAAACAGACACGCCGGGGAAAUUGCGUCUAUGUCUUUAGAAUUACUUAACGCUGUGAAAAACCAUACCAUAGCCCACAGGCCUCAAGACACUCUUAAAUUGCGUAUUGGAAUCCACACAGGCCCUGUGGUAGCAGGUGUUGUUGGUCUGACGAUGCCACGGUACUGUUUGUUCGGAGACACCGUGAACACAGCUUCGAGGAUGGAGUCGAACGGUGAGCCAUUGCGCAUCCACAUAAGCGAGCAAUGCAAGGAGGCCUUGGACAAGAUCGGUGGCUACAUCAUCGAAGAACGUGGGUUGGUUUACAUGAAGGGGAAAGGAGAGGUGAAGACCUACUGGCUUACGGGAGCCACUGAGAAAGCUAUCCAAAAACGAGAGGUCGAUGUUGGUGAUCUUCCGCCGCUCUUCUGCAGACCAAGAAGAAGUCCAAAAUUGAAUUCAGACUCGCGACAGGCUUCGUUGCUGGGCGGUCUGGGUGCAGGAAGUCGCAGACAAUCGAACGUCCCGCGUCCAACUCCGGAUGACUCGUCCUCUCAAUGCGGAGGAUCUAGCCCAGUGCCAAAAUCGUUGAAUCCUCGAAAGUUUGAGCGAUCUCCGUUAUUCUUGACUGAUAGCAUAUCGAAAACAACGUUGGAUAACAUUGUGUUACCGGACGACAACCGCGCAGCCAACAUCAAGAUGGCACUCGAUGACUGCUUCAUCGACACCAGGCCAAAGUUCAGGAAGAACGCCAGAGUCCUGUCGACGAUCGCUUCGUCGUCCUCGACGAGCGAUCAUCCGUUUCAUAAUAUAAUAAGGGAGUCCCGUUCUUUGGACCCGUUCCCGUUGGAACUUUACAGCAAGAGGUUCGAGUCGCCGAAUUUCUCGUGGAAGGAACCGAAGAAGAGCUUCAGGUCGUUAGAAAAUUGUGACAAGUGCACGAGGACGAACUCUAAAACUAACAUUUCUGGCAAAGUGUUGAAUAAUAAUUAUCCUAACGGUAAUGUGAUAAUAGUGCCCCAUACCGAUGAAUCGCCUAACGAAGCAGAGACACCGUUGCUGGGAGACGAAAGUGGCUGCAUGGGAGAAAUCGUGCCCGUUAAGCGCUGGAGGUCUCUGGAUCAAGUGGUAUCGGUUCCUAGUACGGACAGUGUACCGGACAAGAAGUCUUCCGCGAGGAAUUCGAUCAGAAGUUGGCUAGUAAAUUUAUUCAGUGGUAAUGGAUUACGCAACAGUGAUGUUUCUUUGAGGAGGGGGGUGAUAGCGGGGUACGAUAUACAGUCGGAACGUGAAAGCAUAGUUUAAUUCAGUGAUGGGCAAUUAAGCCCGAGAGGGUGCGGGUCGAGUAUACUCCCGUUAUAUUGCCACGAACGUAAGAACGAAAAAUUCUUAGAAUUGAUAAUAUAUGAAAUUUCAGAUGUCAGACAUUUCCGUACACUGUGAUAGAAGAGUGUCACUAGUGUACGUGAAAGUCUGUAAAAGGAUAUUCGUUGAACCGGCAACAUAACGGGAGUCUGCUGUAAUAGCCUGCAGCUUCUGAAACGUAUGAGUGCACAAAAAAACGUUAUUACAUUUAUGGAGUCAUAAGCACGAUGAUGUAUUGUUGCCAUUUUUUUUAGUGUAUAGAUAAUGUACGUGGAACGUAUGGGUAUAAAAGUUACCGAUCGUGUAUAUUUUUAAUACCUAGAUAUUUUAUAAUUUGUACUAAAAUACGCGUUGUAUUUUGACGGAAAACAUGAUUUCUUCUUUUACAUAGUGCGAGAUUUGCGUGUUAAAAUUUUUUAACCCGAGAGCAUAAUGUGGAUACAAUAAACUGUUUUAUAAAUAUGAUUCUAACCAAAGUAUAUAGAAAUGCAGAGGUCACACACGAAGGUGUCUAUCUCGAGUUUAGCACAAACGAUUCCCUGUACAAUGCGGAAAUGAAAAACAAAAAGUUACACAGUGUACAUUUCAUGCAAGUUCAAAUAUGCUCGAUUCAGACAUAUAUAUGUACAUAUAUGUAUGUAUGGAUGUAUGUAUGUAUGAAUGUAUGUAUGUAUUAUGUCUGUAUGUACGUAUGUAUGUAUAAUUUCUAUACUUGUUCACUGAAGGAAAGCAAAUUAUCCGUAUGGCUGUGAAAAGUGAACUAGAUUGUACCUAAGGUGCUUAGUAAUAUAUCAUCUUGUCAAAUGUAUAUAAUUGAAUAAUAAUAUAUCGAUGUAAAGAUAAAAUGUAAAUUAAAAGAAAUAUUAUCUUCUGUAAGAGCUGAUUAAAGAUUCGUCUUUUCAAAUAAUGUA